UUUUUUUUUUCCUUUUGUUAGGUUUUUUGGUGCCAAGAUAAUACAGCGGGGAAAAUGAGAAGGUUCCUAAGACCCGGACAUGAUCCAGUGAGAGAGAGGCUCAAACGUGACCUUUUCCAGUUUAAUAAGACUGUGGAACAUGGAUUUCCCCAUCAACCCAGCGCGCUGGGCUACAGCCCCUUCCUCCGCCUUAUGGCCAUUGGGACGCGAUCGGGAGCCAUCAAACUAUAUGGUGCUCCCGGGGUGGAGUUCAUGGGUUUACAUGAAGAAAACAAUACUGUAAUGCAGAUACACUUCAUACCUGAGCAGUGCCAGCUGGUGACGCUUCUGGAUGACAACAGUUUGCACCUCUGGAGCCUGAAGCAGCACAACAGAGCCUCGGAGCUGCAGGAAGAGCGACGCUUCACCUUGAAAGGGCCGCCGGGGUCCCCCCCGAGCGCGACGCAGAUCACGGCCGUCCUCCCGCACUCCUCGCGGGCCGUUCUCUACCUCGGCACGGAGAGCGGCAGCGUCUUCGUGGCGGAGCUGCCCUCCUUCCGCGUGCUGGAGGACAGGACCGUCCCCUCCGAGGCCGUGCUGCAGCGGGUGCCAGACGAUUACUGUAACAGGCGAUCGUGUGAACUGGUGGAAGUGCUCCGGGAGCAUCCCAAGAACCCAAACCUCAUCCUGAUUGGAUACAGCAGGGGCUUGAUCGUCCUCUGGGACCUUCAGAAUAGCCAAGUCACACACCAUUUCCUGGGCAGCCAGCAACUGGAGAACCUCUACUGGCAAAGGGAUGGCACUAAAUUCAUUAGUUGCCACUAUGAUGGAAGUUACACUCAGUGGCCUGUGUCCAAUGACAAUAGGCAGCCGGAGCCUCUGGAAAACCUUGUGCCUUAUGGUCCUUUUCCUUGCAAGGCCAUCUCCAAGAUCUACUGGCAGACAACAAAAAAUGGGCUUCCUUACAUUAUAUUCCAAGGAGGGAUGCCCCGGGCUAGCUAUGGUGACCGGCACAGCAUCUCUGUCAUUCAUGGCAGCCAGCAAACAGCCUUUGACUUCACAUCCCGGGUGAUAGACUUCUUCAUCAUCUUCAGUUCAGAGCCCACGGCAGAGUUUGAUGACCCCUCUGCCAUGGUGGUGCUGGCAGAAGAGGAGCUGGUGGUGAUAGACCUCAAGUCUGCAGGCUGGCCAGCAGUCCAUGCUCCGUACCUGGCGUCUCUCCACUGCUCCGCCAUCACCUGCUCCCACCACGUCUCCAACAUCCCCCUGAAGCUGUGGGAGAGGAUUAUCAGCGCUGGGAGCAAGCAGAACGUUCACUACUCCAAUAUGCCAUGGCCGAUUGAUGGUGGCACCAACUUAGCUCCAGAUCCUCCUCAGCGGGACUUGCUGCUCACAGGGCAUGAGGAUGGCACCGUGCGGUUUUGGGAUGCGUCUGGUGUCUGCUUGCACCUCCUUUACAAGCUGAGCACGGUGAGAGUAUUUCUCACCGACGCUGAUCCCAAUGACAACAUGAACACCCUGGGUGAGGAUGAAUGGCCUCCGCUUCGCAAGGUCGGGACCUUUGACCCUUACAGUGAUGAUCCUAGACUGGGGAUCCAGAAGAUCUACCUAUGUAAAUACAGUGGAUACUUGGCUGUAGCUGGAACAGCAGGGCAGGUACUGGUGAUGGAACUGAAUGAUGAAGAUGCAGAGCAUGUUGUGGACCAUGCUGAAGCAGAUCUCCUGCAGGACCAAGAGGGCUAUCGAUGGAAAGGUCAUGAGAAACUAAAGACUCGAGAUGGUCCUGUCCGAUUUGAAGCUGGUUUUCAGCCAUUUGUUCUGGUCCAAUGUCAACCACCAGCUGUGGUCACCUCACUGGCCCUUCACUCUGAAUGGAAGCUUGUGGCCUUUGGUACCAGUCAUGGUUUUGGUCUUUUUGACCACCAGCAGAAACGCCUAGUCUUUGUGAAAUGUACACUGCAUCCUAGUGACCAACUGGCCUUAGAAGGUCCACUGUCUCGGGUGAAGUCCCUGAAGAAGUCCCUCCGGCAGUCGUUCCGGAGGAUCAGGAGGAGCCGGGUGUCUAGCCGGAAGCGGCGAGGUGCUGGUGGAAACACCUCUGAGGUUCAGGAGGCAAAUGCCAAAUUUGAUCAGGAUGCACUGCAGGAAAUGGAACUGGCUCCAGUCCAGAGGAAGAUUGAAGCCCGCUCGGCAGAAGACUCUUUCACUGGCUUUGUGCGCACCUUAUAUUUUGCUGACACCUUCUUGAGAGACAGCUCCCGCCACUGCCCGUCCUUGUGGGCAGGCACCAACGGAGGGACCGUCUACGCGUUCUGCCUCCGCGUUCCUCCCGCAGAGAGGAGGAUGGAUGAGCCUGUCAGGGCAGAGCAGGCCAAAGAGAUUCAGCUGAUGCAUAGGGCCCCUGUUGUGGGGAUCCUCGUCUUGGAUGGGCGCAGCACUCCACUCCCAGAACCUCUGGAAGUAGCACAUGACCUUUCCAAGAGCCCUGAUAUGCAAGGCAGCCAUCAACUGCUGGUGGUAUCUGAAGAGCAGCUUAAGGUCUUCACGUUGCCCAAGGUUAGCUCCAAACUGAAGCUCAAGCUGACGGCGCUGGAAGGCUGUCGGGUCCGAAAGGUGACAGUUGCCAACUUCGGCAGCUGCAGGACGAAUGACUACAGUGAAAAUGACCUGGCUGUCCUGACGAACCUGGGAGACAUUCAGAUCAUCUCGCUGCCCUUCCUCAAGUUACAGAUUCGCUACCCUUGCAUCCGCAAGGAGGAUGUGAGCGGCAUUGCAUCCUGCGUCUUCACCAAAUACGGCCAAGGUUUCUAUCUGAUCUCACCCUCAGAGUUUGAGAGGUUUUCCCUUUCUACCAAAUGGCUGGUGGAGCCCCAGUGCAUUGUUGAUGUGCCAGAACUUACAAGCAACAAUCAUGUGAACAACAGGUCUGGCGUGGAGAAUGCUACAAGAAAAUCCAGGGGAUCAGGAAGGACUUCGGGUGACUAUGGAGAAGAUGAAAGGAAGUCUGGGAGGCUGAUGGAACAUGCCUUACUCAAUGAUGAAAAAGUCCUGAAGGAGAUCCAGAGUACUCUGGAAGGAGGCAGAGGGAGCUAUGCAGAAAGAAAUUUGGCAAGAAGUCCCUUAGGACAUGGACUAAGUAAUGGAGGAGCGGAGUGACCAGACCUCAUCCAGGACUUUCUGGCAUUGGACCGAGUGCCAUAACACUACUGACCGGGCAAACCGUCCCUGGGGAGAGGCCACC